UAUUAGAAGGAGCAAAACCCCUAAAGUCUCAUUCUUCUUCCCCGCAGCGCCGCACAGACUCAUCAAACUCGUUGUGACUGCAGCUGCACAGAUUUUCCUCUUCUCUGUGCCUUUGCGAGAACGCGCGUUUGGUUUCAAUUCAAUGGCGGGAGGUAAAGCGAAGAAGGAAAAGGGGAAGCCCCAUCAGCAGCAGAAGCACAUGCCCUACCAAGGCGGAAUAUCGUUCCACAAAUCAAAGGGUCAGCACAUUCUCAAGAACCCCUUGCUCGUCGAUUCCAUUGUGGAGAAGGCCGGCGUCAAGAGCACCGACGUCAUCCUCGAGAUCGGUCCCGGGACCGGUAACUUGACGAAGAAGCUUCUCGAAGCCGGCAAGAAGGUCAUCGCCGUCGAGAUCGAUCCCCGGAUGGUUCUCGAGCUCCAGAGACGGUUCCAGGGUACCCCUCACUCCAAUCGCCUCACGGUUAUCCAAGGUGAUGUGUUGAAGACUGAACUUCCUUAUUUUGACAUUUGUGUUGCAAACAUUCCCUACCAAAUAUCUUCUCCUCUCACAUUCAAGUUACUCAAGCACGAACCUGCUUUUAGGGCUGCAAUCAUAAUGUUCCAGAGAGAAUUUGCCAUGAGACUGGUUGCUCAGCCCGGUGAUAAACUAUAUUGUCGUCUCACGGUCAACACUCAACUACAUGCUCGAGUCUUCCACCUCCUCAAAGUUGGAAGAAACAACUUCAGGCCCCCUCCCAAGGUGGAUUCCUCUGUGGUGCGAAUUGAGCCCAGGAAACCCCGUAUUGAAGUUAAGCAAAAGGAGUGGGAUGGGUUUUUGCGGAUUUGUUUUAACAGGAAGAACAAAACACUUGGUUCGAUAUUUAGGCAGAAGAGUGUGAUCUCCUUGCUUGAAAAAAACUAUAGGACUGUGCGGGCACUGGAACUUGGGCAAGAAGAUUCACUAAAGGAAGUGGAUGCUAAAAUGGACUUCUCUAGUUUUGGUGAUGAUCGAGGUAUGGAGAUGGAUGAUGAUGGAGCAGAUGAUGAUGAAAUGGAAGUUGAGGAUGGGGAAGCAGAGGAGGUGCAAUCUGAAUUCAAGGACAAGGUUUUGGGUGUUCUGAAAGAGGGAGAUUUUGAAGAGAAGAGGUCAUCCAAGCUCACAUUGCAGGAAUUCCUAUACCUGCUUUCUCUGUUUAACAAAACUGGCAUACACUUCUAUUGAUUUUAGAUUAUCAAUUUUCUCGAUAGUUUCUUCCCUAUUUAAAUCUACACUAUUCUUUCAAUAGGCUUAUCAUUAUUCAGAAGUUUUCCAAGAGAGAGUGAUAUCAAAAACUGUUAACUAUUUAUGCAUUGUAUUUUGUUAAGCUCCAUCGUGGAUGUAUACUACUCUAUAUAAUCUUUAGGAGGUUUGAUUAUGUGGUUCUUUUAUUGCUUUACUAGGAUCUGCAUUUGCGACUUACUGUAUGGUGUUUGCAAAUGCUUAAUGAUGUUAUCAUUUUCUCUUUUUGAUGCACCCUGAUUGAUAGUCUGAAUUGUGGUUAAUGGUUGUGAGGCAUAUUAAAAACCAAUGUUUAGUUAGAUGAUGCUUUGUCGCACGGGUUAAAUUUCUAACAUUUGGUACUAAAGGUUGUUGAGAUUAAAGGACAUAACUGAAAAAUUGUGUAUUUCUCUCAUCUUAUUCAUUGACUCAAAUAUUGUGCCUAUACAGAAAAGAUAAGCUAGUAAAAAGGAAAAGAUUAAUCAAUAUCUAAUCUAAAUCUUGGAGAUAUAAUCCUACUAGAUAAGAUAAAAGUUUCCUACUUUUUUAGAAAUAAGUUAUCUUAUCUUUUUAAUCUCUACCAUAUCAUAAACAGAAUCAUAUCUUAAUCUCUACGAUAUUAUAGCAGAAUUAUAUAUCUUAACAAGUCAUAGGUAGUCUUUUGGUGAUUGAGGCAUACGAAAUUCUAAAGUAGAAUUGUAACUUGUGUGCUCGUGUUGUUUUUGAUGAUGUUACUAAAGAUUAAAAAGGAAAAUGUUCACUAGCUCAACAUAGUGAUCAUUAGACCCCCUUUAUGGCCAUAUGAAUGGGGAAUAAUGAGCUUUUAUUAAUGCUGAUACUGAAAUGAGUUGAUUCAUCUGCCUUUAUUUUGUUGGUUUGGUUAAAAUUGGUUUCUGAUUUAGUAGUUGGGAAAUGCUGGUUGCUGGAAUAGUUUUUGUAAAGAUGGUACAAAUCGUGGAUGGCAUGUGGUAAGUCAUGAAUCUGCCUUUUUCCUUCACAGCUCAUCGGUGUCAUAUCGGACCUUAUUCUUCAUCUUCCUCCUUUGCAUCAUCACUCAGCUUGUCAGCUUGUACCUUUGUACUAAAUAUCCAUUCAGAAAUAAUGUUCAGAAAUUUCCUUUUAAGUUGUCUUAUUCUGUAACUUCUGUUUACUAUAGGUAGGCAGGGAUGCUUAGAUGCUGACUGCAUAGUUAUUUUUUUACUCUUUAUUUUUGCAGUCAAUAGGAGGCUUGAUGAGUGGGUGAAGCUUGACCAGUUGGAUCUUAAUUCUGUGGAGGCUGUUGUUGAUGAGAAAGUGGAGGAGAAGGGUGCGACAGGGUUGAAGAUGACACGCCACCAAAGAGGAAGAUUGAUGAGACACAUGUAGAGGUAGAGUUAUUACUUUUCAGUUACAAGUUGAACAUAGGCUGCAAUUGCUUCAACCCCAAGAAAAGAAACAGGAAAAUAUCAAAAGGGUCAUGAGGAAAUUGAGCCAAAACCCACAUCAACAAUGGGUUUUGGCAAGCAAAUAGAAUAUAAGAAUGAAGAGGGCAAUAAGCAAAAUGACAUCACAACAUAUAUAGAAAAAGUCAAGGAGAAACAAAACAAAGAUAGAGAAUAUGAGAAGCUUCAUGAGAGAAGAAAGCAAGAUCAGAAAUAUGUUGAUCACAAUGUGGUUUUGAAAGAAAGAGAAAUCAAGACAACAAGACCAAAGGAAACAGUUUCUUCCUCUACUCCUCCAGCACCACCAUAAAUGACAAAGGAAAGAGAAGGACUGAAGAGGAUGAAAUCUACACAAUAGGGAAGGGAAUCAAAGAAGUAGUUGCUUCGGCUUCGGAGGUUGUCACAAAAAUUGGAGAAGAGAAUUUGGCUGAUGAAGAAAAGCUUUUGGUUGCAAACAGGGUGCUACAAUUCUUGUAAUUGUGGCAUUGGGAGCUUACGUGACCUACAAGUUUACCUCAGCUUCUAGCAGAGCAUGAAACUAGUUGUGUUCUAAUGUUUUAAUCCCUUCAAACGUUUUCUUUAGAAUCUUGA